GCAAGGGCUGAUUGGAAAGAAGGUGUCAAGAAGAAACAAGUUGGUGUAUCCGACAUGACAUUGUUGUCCCAAAUUACCAAUGAAGCCAUCAACGAGAACUUGAUGAAAAGAUGGCUCAAUCAAGAGAUUUACACAUAUAUUGGCCAUGUCCUCAUUAGUGUCAACCCCUUUAAAGACUUGGGUAUUUACAGCGAAACCGUAUUAGAGAGUUACAAGGGCAAGAACCUAUUGGAGAUGCCUCCGCAUGUGUUUGCUAUUGCUGAAGCAUCAUACCACCAUAUGAAUAGUUACAAAGAGAAUCAUGGUGAAUCAGGAGCCGGAAAAACUGAAGCUGCAAAGCGUAUUAUGCAAUAUAUUGCAGCUGUAUCUGGAGGAAAAAGCUCAUCUAUCCAGGAAAUCAAGGACAUGGUGCUGGCCACAAACCCUUUACUGGAGAGUUUUGGUUGUGCAAAAACUCUUCGCAACAACAACUCAAGUAGACACGGCAAAUAUCUAGAAAUUCAAUUCAACGACCAAGGCGAACCUGUUGGUGCGGUCAUUACAAAUUAUCUAUUGGAAAAGAAUCGUGUGGUGGGACAAAUUGACAAUGAAAGAAACUUUCACAUCUUUUACCAACUUACAAAAGCAGCACCUCCAGAAUACCAAGAAACCUUUGGUCUUCAGGGCCCAGAGAGUUUCUUAUAUACCAGUCGCAGUGGCUGUCUAGAUGUUGACGAUAUAAACGAUGUCACUGAUUUUAAUGAAACGAUCAAAGCUAUGGGAGUAGUUGGCUUACAAAAGACCGAACAAGACGAAAUCUUCAAAAUGCUUUCCAUAAUUCUUUGGUUGGGAAAUGUCAUAUUUGUAGAAGACGAUAAUGGAAAUGCUGCAAUCUCUGAUGGCGAUGUGGCAAACUUUAUUGCAUAUCUAAUGGAGGUUGAUGGAGAAGCAUUGUCAAAGGCACUGACUCAACGUGUGAUGGAAACUCAACGUGGUGGAAGAAGAGGAAGUGUGUAUGAGGUGCCUUUGAAUGUUACCCAAGCCAACUCUGUACGUAACGCACUUGCUAAAUCAAUCUACGAACGCCUGUUUGAGUGGAUCGUUACCCGUGUAAACAAAUCGCUGGAAGCUCGUGGUGUGGCUCAAUACAUGAUCGGUGUAUUGGAUAUUUACGGAUUUGAGAUCUUUGAUGACAACAACUUUGAACAAUUGUGUAUCAACUACGUAAACGAGAAACUUCAACAAAUCUUUAUUGAACUGACUCUCAAAGCCGAACAAGAGGAGUACGUGCGUGAGCAGAUCCACUGGACUCCUAUCAAGUUCUUCAACAACAAGGUUGUGUGCGAACUUAUCGAAGAAAAACGCCCCCCAGGAGUGUUUGCAGCUCUCAACGACGCAUGUGCUACUGCCCACGCCGACUCUGGUGCUGCUGACAAUUCAUUUGUGCAAAGAUUAGGCUUCCUGUCAACGAAUGCUCACUUUGAAUCGCGUGGAUCCAAGUUCCUUAUUCGCCACUACGCAGGAGAAGUACUCUACAACAUCGAUGGCAUGACUGACAAGAACAAGGAUUCGUUGUUGAAGGAUCUGUUGGAUCUGGCCGCUUCUUCGACCAACCAAUUCAUCUCACACACCCUAUUCCCUGAACGAAUCGAUCCAAACUCUAAAAAGAGACCUCCUACUGCUGGUGACAAGAUCAAGGCUUCUUGCAAUGCUCUUGUUUCAAAACUGAUGCAGUGCCACCCCAGUUAUAUUCGUACCAUUAAGCCCAACGACAACAGAAGCUCGACAGAGUAUGAUCAGAAGCGCGUACUUCAUCAGGUUCAAUAUCUUGGAUUGUGUGAGAAUAUCCGUGUGCGUCGUGCAGGAUUUGCCUACAGAACCACAUUUGAAAAGUUUGUUGAGCGCUUCUAUUUGCUUUGUCCAAAGACUGGCUAUGCCGGUGAAAACAUCUGGAACGGAGACUCUGUCACUGGUGCAAAUGAAAUCCUCAGGCACAACAAUAUACCUGCUGAUGAAUGGCAGAUGGGUACCUCCAAGGUGUUUAUUCGUCACCCAGAGACUAUAUUUGCUUUGGAGAAUUUACGUGACAAGUAUUGGCACAACAUGGCAACACGUAUUCAACGUGCUUGGCGCGCUCAUGUGCGUUACAAGCACGAGUGCGCACGCAAGAUUCAACGUUUCUGGCGUCAAAACAAAUACAACAUUGGAUACCUCCAGAUGCGUGAUUAUGGAAACCAGAUCUUGGGAGGCCGCAAGGAACGUCGUAGAUUCUCACUGUUGAGUAUGCGUCGAUUCACAGGAGACUAUCUGGAUAUUAAGAAUGGUUCUGGUUUCUCUACCAUGGUCCGUAAUGCCAUCACAUUCAGAAGUGGAGAGGAAGUGGUGUUUAGUAUGAGAGGAAAUACACUGGUGCCUCGCCCAAUGCGUUCUAGCGUACCAAGCCCACGUACAUUUGUACUUACCAACCAAAGUCUGCACAUCGUCGUGGCAACAAAGAAUGGAAAAAUGGUUCAGAUGACAGACGAAAAGGCGAUCUCACUGAGUGUGAUCAAUUCUGCUAGUGUCUCGAGUAUGCGCGAUGACUGGGUCGUCUUGCAUCUCGACAACUCGCCUGAUGGUGAUUCAAUUCUGUCGUGCUACUUCAAGACGGAGUUGCUCACCCACAUGUUACAGCAAACCAACGGCCGGAUCAAGGUUAACGUUAAUCCUCAGAUUCAAUAUGCCAAGAAGGGUGGCAAGUCCGUGACAAUGAAGUUUGUCAAGGAUGAGAAAAUCAAGCACGAUGAUGUCUACAAGAGUCACGUUGUACAUGUACCCACUGGUGAGCCCGCCAACAGCCAGCCAUUCCCAUCUUGCCCUGUCAAGCCUAGACCUGUCAAGCAAUCUGCUCCCCGCAAAGCACCAGGACCAAGAAAUCCCGCUGCCGGACGCACUUCUGCUCCUCGCCCCACGCCAUCUCAGGUUGCUGCACCAGCAGCUGCACCAAUGGCUCAACAUACUACUAUGGCAUCUCCAAUGGCUGGUUCACAGGCAUCAAGAGCACGUGCUGCACCUCCAGCUCCAGCUCCAGUUCCAGUUCCAGCUCCAGCAGCACCAUCACCACCACAACCCGCUCCCGGAGUUCCCUUGUUCAAGGCAAUAUAUCCAUUCAAGUCUCAAGAAGAAGGCGAGAUUGCGUUUGAAAAAGAAGACUUGCUAGAAAUUGUCGAAAAGGAUGAAAAUGGCUGGUGGUUGGCAAGAAAGGACGGUAAGGAAGGUUGGGUUCCCAGCAAUUAUCUUGAGGAAUACACACCUCCUCGCAGCUCUCCUCCACCACCUCCCCCAGUUGCCAGACGUGCUCCUCCUCCACCAGCGGCCAGCUCUCAACCAAGUGUAGCAUCUGUUGCUUCGGCAAUUAUGCCCAAUGGUUUAGGCUUAGGACCUCCAGCUCCUAAACCAAUGAUCCCUGCAAAGCCAAGUGCUGGAGGAAAGCCAUCCGUGCCCUCUCGCCCUGGCGGAGUGGCCAGUACUCCACGUGCACCACCAAGGCCCGGCUCAGCGGCACCACCCAAUGCAGCUGCCUCGUUGGCAGAUGCGGUAAGUUAUCCGUGGUAUAUUGGACAAUCUCUCCAUUUAUCAUAUUUUUGUUUGAUAAAGUAA